GUCUCUACGGGUAAAAAUCUUGGGUGCAUGGUUGUUUGAUUCUAUGCUUCGCAUCUCCAUGAUCAACACGGCAUCUUUGAUCUGGAUUAAGUUGCUUUGAUCAACGGUUCAAAUGGACCCACUUUACUACUUUCCGCAAUCCUCUCUAAGGGGCCACAAUAAGGUUGCUUUACAAUCAGACACCAUCCAAUCAAAGUACACUAUAUGAAAAUCACCGUCCAUUUUCAGCUGUUGGGACCCAGUUCCUUGUAAAAUAAAGAAAAAAACAAAGCUUGUCCGUUGCUUUUGAUAAUAAAACUCUCAUAGUCAUCUCUGUCACAAAAAAAUCCCAUGAAACUACAAAAUCAUGGCGCUUUCAGUUCACUCCAUGUCCCAAAAUGGCAGCUGCGAAGUGGAAGAAAUCGACGUCUUCCGCCAGUUUGACGUCGUGUCAGAUGACUCCGACCAUUACUUCCUCAACUCCAAGUCCAAAACCAAAUCCGCCCAACCGGAUCCCAUCGCCAACGCAUCGAGCGGGGUCCACAAGAAGAUCAUGCAAGAAUGGAGAAUCCUGGAAAAAAGCCUCCCAGAGUCCAUCAUCGUACGCGUCUACGAGAAACGCCUCGAUCUCUUACGAGCUGCAAUCGUCGGGGCAGCAGGUACUCCGUACCACGACGGACUCUUUUUCUUCGACUUAGCAUUUCCGCCUGAUUAUCCGACUAAACCUCCCCUUGUCCAUUACCGAUCUUUCGGGCUCCGGAUCAACCCGAACUUGUAUGCAAACGGCCGGGUCUGUUUGAGUUUGAUCAACACCUGGAGUGGUAGAAAGAGUGAGAAAUGGAACCCCAAAGAGUCGACCGUGCUUCAGGUUUUGGUUUCCAUCCAAGCUUUGGUUCUUAACGAGAAGCCUUACUUUAACGAGCCGGGUCAUGGGAUUUGGCCUGGGAAGACCAUCUGGGAAAAAAAAUCUGCUGCUUAUAACGAGGAUGUUUUUGUGAUGUCUUGCAAGAAGAUGUUGUUUCUAAUGAGGAAGCCUCCCAAGAAUUUUGAAGGUUUCGUUGUUGGGCAUUUCAGAGAGCGUGGGAGCUCGAUCCUGUUGGCUUGCAAGAGUUACGCAAACGGAAGUGUCAAAGUUGGGUACUUCAAAAACGAUGGCCCUGCAGGAACAUCAUCAGCUGAUUUUCCUUCUGGGAGUUUUGAUGUGUCUGAGAAAUUCAAAGGGUAUCUGAAACAGUUAUACCCGGAGCUGGCUGCAGCGUUUCUCAAGGCUGGGGCUUCUUUGGGGAACUCCAUCGAACAAUUGAAUGUCGAGGAGAAGAAGAAGAAGAAGAAACCGAAGUCGUCCAAGAAGCAGGUCACUGAGACGAGAGCCAGAAAGACGGGUGGAGUUGCUAGGAGGCUGUUGGGGAAGUUAAAGAAGGUUUUCGGACAGAAACUUGGCGGAACCGGUAGCAUCAAUGUGAUCAAAAAGUAUAGACUUUGAUUGGUUAUUCACGUAUAUAAUUCACUAACGGGUGAUUUUACAGCAAAUGAUGGGGUGAUUUGUUAAAAGGUUUAGAAUACUUUCUUCUUUGGAUGGUACAUAAAGAACUUGAUGUGUUGGUCAAAAAGCUUCGUUAAUCAAUUGUUCAUGAGUCUAAUUUUAUGGCAGCUGGUUUUCCUUUUUUC